AAGACAAGAGAUGGAAGAAUUUGGCUCGCGAUCCCAAGAGACCACAGACACUUCAGCCAUUACCAUCUGAAUAUGCAUAAGUCAAGCAGCUCCACAUCAUCCACGAAGAGCAUCAGAAGAGCCGCGUCUGAACUCGAGCGCUCCGACUCCAUCACGUCCCAGAAGUUUGUGGGAAGGCGGCAGAGUUUGAUCGAGGAUGCGCGUAAGGAGCGCGAGGCUGCAGCGGCGGCUGCGGAGGCGGCGGGAUUGAGCGAGCAGAUCGUGUUUGAGGAGAGCGAUGGCAAAGCUUUGCUCAGUCUCUUCUUUACUCUGAGGAGUUCAAACAGUCCAGCGCUUUCACGGACUCUUAAGGUUUUUGAGACCUUUGAAGCCAAGAUCCACCAUCUUGAGACCAGACCCAGUCGAAAGCCUAAAGACGGUUUAGAAGAGUUGGAAUAUUAUGUUCAAUGUGAAGUGCAUCUAUCAGAUGUCAAUACGCUGGUCAGCUCCUUAAAGAGAAGUGCAGAGGACGUCAAAACCACCAGAGAGGUGAAAUUUCAUUGGUUUCCAAGAAAAAUAGCUGAACUGGAUAAAUGCCAUCACCUUGUCACCAAAUUUGACCCUGAUUUGGAUCAGGAUCAUCCGGGUUUUACUGACCCUGUUUACAGAAAACGACGGAGGAUGAUUGGAGACAUUGCCUUUAAAUACAAACAAGGAGAGUCCAUUCCUAGAGUCGAGUAUACCGAAGAGGAAAUUGGAACGUGGCGUGAGGUUUACUCCACCCUCAGAGAUCUGUACACGACCCACGCCUGUAGCGAACAUUUAGAGGCUUUUCAUUUACUAGAGAAACACUGUGGGUACAGCCCUGAUAACAUCCCUCAGCUUGAGGAUGUGUCCCGCUUCCUGAAAGAGCGUACUGGAUUUCAGUUGAGACCAGUCGCAGGUCUCCUGUCUGCACGAGACUUUCUGGCCAGUCUGGCCUUCCGUGUGUUUCAGUGUACACAGUACAUACGACACGCCUCCUCGCCCAUGCACUCCCCUGAACCGGACUGUGUCCAUGAACUACUUGGUCAUGUACCGAUACUGGCUGAUAGAACAUUCGCACAGUUUUCCCAGAGUAUUGGUCUGGCAUCUCUUGGAGCCUCUGAUGAAGACAUUGAGAAACUGUCGACACUAUACUGGUUUACGGUGGAGUUUGGACUGUGUAAGCAGGGAGGAACGCUCAAAGCGUACGGUGCAGGGUUGCUCUCUUCUUACGGAGAGCUGGUGCAUUCCCUAUCCGAUGAGCCAGAGAGAAGAGAGUUCGAUCCGGAAGCUGUAGCUGUGCAGCCGUACCAAGACCAAACUUACCAACCCGUCUAUUUUGUGUCUGAGAGCUUCGCCGAUGCCACAGAAAAACUGAGAGAGUACGUGACCCGCAUCAAGAGGCCGUUCUAUGUUCGGUUUGACCCGUACACAAACAGCAUAGAGGUGCUGGACAACCCGCUGAAGGUCAAGCUGGGUCUGCAGUCCAUCACAGAAGAGCUGAAGACCCUCACAGAUGCUCUGAAUGUGUUGGCUUAAUUCACAAGCCAUGUGUCCUGUUUCUCUGUGCCACAUACUGUAUGUGACGUCUCAUCGUAAUGCUGUGCGUCUGUGUUUACCUCUGCUGCUACAAAAGUUGUUGCUUUAAAAAAAAAUGCAGAGCAAAAACCUCAAAACCUCAUGGAUUGUGACUGCAAACGCUUUAAUAGAUCAUUCUCUGACUCGAGAGAAAAUGUCAUGUUCAUAUAUAAAACAUCUUCAUUUUUUAAGACCAUAAAUCAAUUAAAAUAUUAAUGCCAAAAGUUAUUUAUGAAAUAAUGCCAGAAGACGACGUUCAAUUAUAUGUAUAAAAAAAAUCAACAAAUAUGUAUAAUAAAUGCACAUUCUGAAUGUAUCCUUAAAAGAGUGAUAUAAAAAAAUAUAAAUAAUAUUCUCCUACAGAUGGUACAUUUUAUUGCUAAUACUGGUCUACUGAUUGGUGCCUGUUUAUAUUCAUGUUUUUCUUUCAAACAUGAAAUGACUGAAUGUCAGACCAAUUUUCAGUUAGCAGUGACAUAAAUAUGGAAAUAUAAUUUUGAUAAUUCAAGUCAAUUUCAAGAAAAUGGUAUAAUAGGUACUGAAUAUAAUUUGCUGUUCAAUAUCAAAUCUAUAUCAUGUUUAAAUCGGUAAUGCAUGAUGAAAAAAUAAUGUUUUUGUGAUUUUGUUUAGUUUAUUAUUAUGGAAGCCCUUUGCCGCCACAUAAGGAAAAAAUCAUGUUCUGGUAAAAGUCGAAAUUAUAACUUUUAAAGUCAUAAUUAUGAAAUAAAAAGUUGAAAUUAUGACUUAAUUGAAAAUUAUGAGACAAAAAGUCGAAAUUAUGACUUUUAAAGUGAAAAUUAUCAGAGAAAUAGUCAAAAUUAUGACUUUUAAAGUCAUAAUUAUGAGAUACAAAUUUCCUAAUUAUGACUUUAAAAGUCAACAUUAUGAGAGGUUUUGAAAAAAAUGAAUCUAAAAAAUGAAUCCAAUAAUAUGAUUUAUCAGAACAUGUUUUUUUGUGUGGCGGAAAUGGGCUUCCAUAAUAUGACUCAUAUUUAACAAAAAGAAACAGAAGCUGGGCCGUUUUAGUUUGAAAAUAGUCUGAUAUACUAGACCGCCACCAGAUGGCAGUAUAAUCAUGUAAGUGAGGCACAAACACUGAGUGAGCUGGUUUAAAGUCCAUUGACAGAAUAAUGACUGGCCUUUUGCUAAGAUGAUGUCAUAAGGUUAUGGGUUAAAAUUAGGAUUUAAAUUUGAUGUCCAUUGAAAGAAAUGCUUAAUCUGAAUACUAAACCUAAACCAAGUGGUGUCUUUAAAGAAUAAAAAACAAAUAAAAUAAAAACACCAAAAUCUUUGCAUGCACUUAUUGAGUUUGUAGAUCAUCACACAACGUUUUACUGGGAAAAUAUAUUGACUUUACUCUCAUCUUGGCAUAUUCAACUUACCUGACCCCUGUAUCAAUGCCAAAGACAGAGACUGAUCUGCAUGGUGCCUCUUAAAGUGGAUAAUGAUUUGUGCUGGCCCGGCCGGUCCCAUAUCACAUGCCGUCCUGUCCAUUAUUGUGCAUGGCUAUGUGACUGAGAUGAAAAUGCUCCUUACUGUGUGGAUGAGUGAUUUAUUGCAGGGCCCUACUGAUCUUUUGGGUUUCCUGCUUGCCUCAUCUGAUGGAUAACAGGAGACAGAGGAAGAGAGGUUUAAUGUCUUUAUAAUGGUGCUUCCAGUAACAGAGUGCAUUGAUAAUUCAUGCCAGCAGGCCUUUUUCUUCAUUUAGCGCAGUUCUUCAUCAGACCAGCAGGGGCGCUGUUUUACAAUAAUAAAAAGGGGGAGCUAUACUGUACUUUUUAACAGUUCUCUACUUUAUUUAUUAAAGUUUGCAUAUUUAUAUAUUAUUAGCAAAAUCUAUAUUUAUCCACUUUCUAAUUUUAUAAUUGACAUGAUAAGGUAACCUAAAACGUAAAACGACACUUACAUUUUGUUUUAUUAAGUAUUACUCCCCCCCCCUUUAAUGAUUUUUCAUGGCUAUUAUUUUUUUAACCUGAGAGACAAGUCAGUUUUUUAUUAAUAAUAGAAAUAAAUCAUUUAAAAUCCUCAUAUUAAGUAUCACAUCUGUGUAUAAUUAUGUAAUGCAUGAUUCAUAUUUAUUUCAAAGGUGCAAAUG